AUGGAGUGGAUAGUGGGUGUGGGCACCCCAGGCAAGAGGCAGAGCUUCCCCAUGCAGUGUGGCAGACGUCUCCAGGAUUCUUCAUUCCUCAGGCUUCUCCUCUUCCUGCAACAGGAAGGAAAGAAGGAAGGACCCGAUAUUUACCUGAGGUCCCCAAUGAAUUGUAAUAUACCGAAGCUGCUUUCACGAAUCAGGAUGAGUGUCUGGAAUCCACCCAGGCUCCUGGACCUGGCAGGAAAGAUCUUGCUGAGGGAUGAGGCCUCGGCCAUCACUGCUCUCGAGUAUCUGCCGGCCGAGCUCUUCCCCCCACUGUUCAUUUUGGCCUUUAUGGUGCAAGCGUGGCCCUUUGUCCGCCUGCCUCUGAGGGGUCUGAUGCAGAUGCCUCACUGGGAGACUGUACAAGCAGUGCUGGAUGGGCUUGAUGUUCUGUUUGCCCAGAAAGUUCACCCCGGGAGAUGCAGACUGCAGGUGUUGGAUUUAAGGAAUACUGGCCAGAACUUCUGGAGGAUGUGGGCUGGAUUCAAUGCUCACGUCUACUCAAGCUCAUCAAUGGCACCAGUGGACAGUUCAAGGACAAAGCAUCCCUUGGCUCUAUUGGAUGUGUUUCUAGAACUUUGCCUCAAGGAAAGGACCCUGGAUCAAUUCCUCAUCUACCUCAUAAGGUGGAUGGAGAAGAGAAACAGUUAUGUACACCUGUGCUGUAAGAGGCUGAAGAUUAUUUCAAUGCCCAUGGAAAAUAUUAAGAAGGUUCUGAAUAUGGUGGAGCUGGACUGUCUCCAGGAGGUGGAAGUGAGUUGCACCUGGCGGCUGUCCAUCCUGGCCAUGUUUGCUCCUCUCCUGGGCCAGAUGACUAAUUUGCAGAGACUCGUUCUCUCCCAUGUCCAUGUGUCUACCUGUGAGGAGCAGGAGCAGCAUGUCCUCCAAUUUACCUCUCAGUUCCUCAGGCUGCACCACCUCCAGGAUCUCUAUAUGGAAUCUCCUUUCUUCCUCAAAGGCUGCCUGGACCAGAUGUUCAGGUGUCUGAAGACCCCUUUGGACAACCUCAUAAUAACUCACUGCCUGCUAAUAGAAUCAGACCUGACCCAUCUCUCUGAGUGCUUGAACAUCAGUCAGCUAAAAGGCCUGGAUCUGAGUGGCAUCAAGCUGACCAACUUUAAUCCUCAGCUUCUCCAAGUUCUGCUGGAGAAAGUUGUAGCCACCCUGCAGGAACUGGACUUAGAUGAGUGUGGGAUCAUGGACUCCCAUCUGGAGGCCAUCCUGCCUGCCCUGAGCCACUGUUUCCAGCUCAGCUCCUUCAGCGUGUGUGGGAACCUUCUUUCCAUGGUCAUCACGGAGAAGUUGCUGCAAUACACGGCAGAGCUGCCCCAUUUAGGUCAAGAGCUAUAUCCUGCCCCACAGGAGUGUUACGGUGCUCAGGGAGCUUUCUGCCCAAGGAGACUUACCCAGCUUCAGGCAGAGCUGUUGGAGAUUAUGAGAGACCUAGGACAGCCCAGGACCAUCUGGAUUAGUUCCAGCCCCUGUCCUUAUGGUGGGGAUAACAUAUUCUACCAUCCAGAGCCCCUGGUGUUCCACUGUAACCCCUCUGCCUAG